CCCCUUUGGUCCGGCACGCGCAACGUGCGCUAUUAUUUCUUGGCUUGUCAUCCACACCCCCCCCUCCCUUCUUCCGGCAACUGUACAUAGCCGGCAUGUUAUUUACCUUCUUCUACAACUUUUCCCUUGCCCUAAAAUCCUCUUCACAACUCCCGAUACAACUUUGCUCCAGAUUGCCUUUCCUUCGCGUUUGCGCUCUCUCGUCAUCAUCAUGACUCACGGCAAUCCAGACGUCUUUGAUCUUGCCCUUGCGCAAAACAAGUCGUGGGCUUACCGCACCGCGGCCGAGGACCCCAACCUCUUCCCGUCGCUCGCAUCUGGCCAAAAGCCCGAGAUUCUCUGGAUCGGAUGCGCCGACUCUCGUAUCCCCGAGACGACCGUCCUGGGUCUCAAGCCCGGUGACAUUUUCGUGCACCGAAACAUUGCCAACAUUUUGCACCCCGGCGACGUCAAUGCGCAAUCCGUCAUCGAGUACGCCGUCGUGUACCUCCAGGUCAAGCACGUUGUCAUUUGCGGCCACACCUCGUGCGGAGGUGUCAAUGCUGCGCUGGGCAACAAGAAGCUCGGCGUCAUCGACACAUGGCUGCACCCGCUGCGCUCGUUGCGCAUGCAGCACAACAAGGACCUUCGUGAUCUCUCUCAGCCCGAGGCCGCGCUCAAGCUCGUUGAGCUCAAUGUGCGCAAGGGUGUGCAGGUGCUCAAGGAGAACCCCGCCAUUAUCGAUGCUGUGCGUGAGCGCGGCCUCCAGCUCCACGGUAUCGUCUAUCAGGUCGCCAACGGAGAGCUCAAGGAGCUCGACACCUCGGACUCACCCGAGGAUGAGGCCGACCGCAAAGCUGCCUUCCAACUGGAGCCUUAGAUUCAUUUCUUUGCAUGAAGAUGACACUGUCACAUCUUCUCUUUGGGUAUCGUGCCGAGAUAUUGUCUCGUCCAGCGUUUUGAUCAGCUGCGGAUAUCCUGUUUGCCGGGUAUACCCCGUGACCAUGUCAUAACCAUGUACUUUUCGUUUCUCUAGCUAUUUUCUUUUUAUUUUAUAUUAUUCAAUCGGGAUUGGAGACACUGGUGGGUUACAGGAGUGUAGGAGCGUUGGGGGCGUAAGUCGAGUGUCAGCAGAGGUGCAUCAGCACAUAAAAUAUCUACAACUAUAAACGUUAGACCCGUGGCUUUUUCCUUCUCCACUUAUAUAUUAUUAAUAAUCUAUUUUCAAUGAAUCG